UCGUAGGCUGUGCUCCAUCCUAGCCAUGGCCGUCCCCUGCGUCUUCCUUCUAACUGUGCUGGGAGCAGAAGUCACCAGCAAAUCCACUGACAGCUUGGAAUCGGACGCGGAAUGCUGCGUCGAUACAAUGGAAGCCAACAGCACCUGUCUCGCCAAUAGCCAAUGCACUCCAGGCUGCUACAGGCGGUGGAACGAAGACGGCAGCAGCAGCUGCGUGAAGUGUGAGAACGAGACCCUCCCGGCGGCUCCAGCGUACAACCUGACAGACUGCCAAAACGACGCAGCUGGGGAAUUGAAUCCUCUCAUCAACAUCACUACCCUAACUCCAGAGACCUUCGGUAUAGGAGGUCCCGAAGUUGCGGCUUCCCUCAUUUUUGGCACCUUCGUCAUUAGCCUCUUCCUCAUCCUCUGCGUCGCAUCCUUCUUCUACCUCAAACGUGCCAAUAAACUCCCCAAUCUCUUCUAUCGAAGAAGCAAAGUCCGGAAACCUCGUUACGUCCGGCGGGAUCGUUCACUCGUCACCUCGACCACCAGCACGACUCUGUCUGCCGAGACCCGGGUCAGCAACGUGUAGCCAUCGGGACUUGUAAAUAUCAGGCCAGCCAUUGAGUGGCCGGGAAAGCACCUACGAAGGGAAUCAGCGACCGGGGGGCCAGUCGGCUUCCGUGUGACGAGUGGACUCAUUCCAAUCGGCGGGAAAACGGGGACUCUUAAUGCGUUGGGUUACCUUUAGGAGAGAGACGUUUUUGGCAACCCAGAUGGGACGCCGAUUUUAGCUUUCCUGAUUGCCAAGCAGCUUUGAGAGGUCUCUUUGCUCCAGACCCUGUGAUUUCUACAGAUUUAGAUUGAGGCCAAGGAACCAACCACCUUGAGGAAAUGGCCAUGCUUCAAAGGAAACUCAAGUGCCAUAUUUUGGGGUGAUGGGUGCGAUUUUUUGGAAACAAAAAAUGCUUUCCGGAAGGGGGUGUUUCUCUCGGACGCGGGGUAGGCUGCUAGAAAGCACACUCCCUUCUUCAUGUGGUGUUGUUAUUUUUUUUUCCUAGAGUUUGACCGAAGCCUUAAGCUCAGGGCAGCCUUGCCGUUUUUUGAGCGUUCAGAUUUAUUCUUUUGAACGUUUUAAGCGUUUGAUUCUCCCUUUUUAAUCUUCGCACCCGAGUAGGGCCCAGUCAGGUUUCCCUUCUUUUAGUAAAAUCCUAGCCUUUUAGGAGAGGGGGGGGAGGUGGUCGAAUCCCAACCUGGACAGGCCUGGCCCAUCUUUCCCCAUGAUCACACUUGGGAGCCCCUUCAAGGGGUCAGUAGCUCACCCCAUGGUCUCCGCUCACCAACAGCAGGAGAAAGGUAAGUGCUUGGGCAUACAGCUAGUCCUCGACUUACGCCAGUUCAUUUAGGGACCGAAGUGACAACGGCACUUGUUGUGACUUACAACCAUUUUUUCCCACGACCAUUUUUUGCAGCACCCCCAGAGUGACGUGAUUUACGGGUGCUUGGCAGCUGGUCCAUACUUACAACCGUUGCUGUGCCCUGGGGUCAUGUGAUCC